AAACUUCUCCUUGUGUGUUUGUUGGAUAUGGUGAUGAAGAGUUUGGUUACAGACUUUAUGAUCCAGCAAAGAAAAGAGUUGUGAGGAGUAGAGAUGUUGUAUUUUACGAGCACGAGAUGGGUUUUCAUCUCUUAGGUGCUGGUAAUACUUAUUAUCCCGAUUUAUCUCAUGGUGCUAUUGAUAUGUCUCAUGUUUCUGUUCCAGAUGUUCAACAAACAGGUGAUGCUCCCGAUGAUGGUCAUGAAAAUACUCAUGAACAUGACCGUAUUGAAGAGGUAAAACCAGAGAUUGUGCCACAACCUGAUGAUGAAGCUGUUGAAAUAGAAAGUGGAGAGUCUUCUAAUCAGGGGGAGCAAAACAGCCCACAAGUGGAAGAGCCAACAUUGAGAAGCUGGUGCGUUGCUGCAUUUUUGGGUGAUAUCUCUGAUUUUCCUUCUCUCUUGUUGAUGGCUCUUAUGUAUGUUUUGUUGGUGGGCUGUGACAUCCUUGUAGACUGAGUUUGGGUGUUUUUACCCUCAAUUUGCAUAAUAAGAGAAGAAGAGGGCGGACUCCCUAUAAGUCCCGUGGUUUUUAUCCUUCACAUCGAAGGGGUUUUCCACGUAUAAAAAUCGUGUGUCGUUUGCAUCUUUAUUCUUCAUAUUUGGGUGUGGUUUAUUUGAUGUGUUGCUGAUUUUGUGUGCUUGGUUAAUCAAUUGUGGUAAAUUGG